GACUACAGGCUGUUGCAACGUUAAUUUAUUUAUUUAUUCUAUCAAUGCUGUGUUUGUUUCCGAUUUUUAUUUAUCAUGGACAUUUCACUCUUAUCAAGGAUCAUUCAUGAAAACCAAUAAGAACAUUGCAAGCUUUCUCUACGUUUGUAUCAUGCCAAAUAAUCAUAUUUUAUAUGGUUAGCCAUGCCAUGUGUCAAACGUCUAUAUAUUACAAUCAUACUAUGUCUCUCACCAAGUGUCAACCAUGGACACAAUGGAUUUUCAUCAAGAGACUCUGGUGCAAAUUAAUGAAUUUGUCGAAGAUCCCAACUUAGAUAAGUUUAUCAAUUUGAUUCGUUGGGAAAACAACGAUGCUAUUUGUAAUAACUUCAAUUCUGAGCUUAUCAAUGAAGCAUUCAAUGAUAACUCAUUCAUGUCACACGCUCCAAUCCCACCUGAUCAGUGCAAUAGUGAUUCUGUGAAUGUUUAUGAUCCAAGCUCUACAUUGAGCUCCUUCUCUUGUUUUGAUGGGGAAGCCAAAGAAGGAGAAGAAGAAGAUAACAUGGGGGAUUCUUCUGCAACAACAACCACCACAACAGAAAUUAAGAAUGAUAAUACUAAGCCAAGACCAAAACCUGAUAGGUCCAAAACUUUGGUUUCUGAGAGGAGGAGAAGAAACCGAAUGAAGGAGAAGCUUUAUGCAUUGCGAUCUUUGGUUCCCAACAUAACUAAGAUGGAUAAGGCAUCUAUCAUUGGAGAUGCUGUUUCAUAUAUGCACGAGCUUCAAGCACAAGCCAAGAUGCUGAAGGCUGAGGUUCAAGGACUUGAAACAUCCUUAAUGGUGUCAAAAAGUUAUCAAGGAUCCAUUGAAAACCCCAUGAAGGUUCAAUUCAUCAACAACAUUCGUGCAAUAUCCAAGAAGAUAAACCAGAUGGACAUGUUUCAAGUGGAUGAAAAAGGGUUUUAUGUAAAAAUAGUUUGCAACAAAGGAGAAGGGGUGGCUGCAUCAUUGUACAGGUCUCUUGAGUCUCUAACAGCAUUCAAUGUUCAGAAUUCAAACAUGGCCACAGUUUCUGACAGUUUUCUACUUACAUUUUCAUUGAAUGCUAAAGGUCGUGAACCAGAAAUUAACCUUUACAACUUGAAGCUAUGGUUGACUGAAGCUUUUGUGAACCAAGGCUUUGAGUUCACACCUUUUCUUAUGCUUGACUCUUUCAAUUUAUAAACUUUAUGCUGUAAUUAAGGCUGCAUUAGAGCAACUAUGAUGAGAGAAACAUGAAAAUCUGUAAUAUAGGUGCUGGUUAACUAGGAACAUUGACAUGA